AAUGACAACAAAGCAUCAGUCUGAUAACAGUGUUGUUGACAGUCACUAGAAGUUUACUCACGUACUCAGUUCGAAUAAAACGGAUUUGUCUUAAACGUCUUUUGGAAAAACAAAAAUUAAAAAUUAAUAAAAUUAUAAGAGAGAAAAUAAAAAGCACUUAGUAAAAAACAUUAUAAAUAAAUCACAUGAAAAACUAUUUUUUCCAUGUAGGUAAAAUAAGAAAAAGAAAAACCACGUUCAUUGACUUUGGAAAAGAAGAAAACAAAAAAAAGUACAUAAAAUCAUACAAAAAUGUCAGAUAAGAUCAGUUUUUCCAACUUUGAUAAUAGUGAGAGUCUGUAUUCGAUACUGAAGGACUGCGUCAAUGGAAGAUCGAUCGACAGUUUAACCGAUGACUCGGAGUGCAGUGCCUCCGUGCAAGAAUACUCCACAUUCGACUGUUAUAGAAUGGUCUCGAUGACCGAUUCGUUUGGUGAUGAUAUCCUCGAAGAAAACGGUAGAAUAUCGUUGGCCUAUGAGAAUCUGAGAUCAAUACCGAAAAGGAUCGCCGAGAAGUUUUCAUCGAAGACGAAAUUUCUCGAUUUGGGCAACAAUGACUUUACGAAUUUGUCGUUUUUGAUGUUUUUCGACAGAUUACACACUCUGAUCCUGGAUCGAAAUACACGCUUGGAUGUUAAUACUCUGCCGUUUUUGCCUAACUUAAGGAUUCUUUGGAUCAACAAUUGUAAUAUCACAAAUAUAGACAUAUGGCUCUAUCGGAUACAAGACCAAUGUCCGAAUAUUCAACAAUUGUCGAUAAUGGGAAAUCCUGCAACAAUGAAAUUACUCUAUGAACAACCCAACAAUGAUUACAGGGAUUAUGUUUUCAAUAAAAUUCCAAGCCUUAAGUAUUUAGAUGGAAUAGCAAAUGAACCUUUGAGUAGGAGUCUUUUGAGGAUACCAUCCAAGUCAUCGACAGUCACAUCGGAUUCUACGAGAACGAAUUUAAGCUAUCUUGGAUUGAGUCGAAAUGGCAAGUUAUCAUUGUCAUCGUUUAAAUUAAGUGAAUUAUUUAAAUUCAAGCGAAGAAGACGGUGGUUUCAAAAUUCCACAACAUCAACAUGACAUCUUAAGAAAUAAAAUAAUAAUCAAUAAUUGUAAGAAAAA